UGGUAAAGUUAAUUCAACGAAAAGAAAAUAAUAGAUCUCGCUACUUUCAAGGGAAACUACUCUAACGCGACCAAAGAGAAAGAUGUCUGCGCCCUGAGAAACUCGACCUUGUUUUGAGAUCGUAACAUGAACUAACUACACAACAAAGCUGUAAACUUAAAAUUUGAAGACAGAUGUCACUUCUCAGUUUGCUCCACUAUCGUCCUUUUUUAGCAUCAAGGUGCCUGAAAAUUCCUGCAGUCGCGGCGAGCUCGUGGCAGUCUCAAGAUGUCAGGUCGACAUUUAUCGAGUUUUUCCAAAAUGAGGGUCACCAGUUUGUGCCCUCUUCUUCCGUCCUGCCCAAGAAAGGAGCUGGCACGUACUUCACUAAUGCUGGAAUGAAUCAAUUCAAGCCACUGUUCCUGGGAGAAAUAGAGCCGUCUCGAUGGUCACCUCCAGUGACGCGUGCUGUAAACAGUCAAAAGUGUAUCAGAGUUGGAGGGAAGCACAAUGACCUUGAAGAUGUCGGGAACGACCUUACUCACCAUACGUUCUUUGAGAUGCUCGGUAACUGGUCUUUUGGUGACUACUUUAAGGUAGAGGCAUGCAAGAUGGCGCAUCAUCUGUUGACAGACAGGUACAAGCUUCCGUUAGACAGGCUGUACUUCACGUACUUUGCCGGGGAUCGAGAUCAUGGGCUUGAAGCUGACCUUGAAGUCAGAGACAUCUGGAUGUCUUUGGGGGUGCCUUCUGACCACAUUUUGCCAUUUGGCGUGUCGGACAACUUUUGGGAGAUGGGCCCUACUGGACCAUGUGGUCCAUGCACUGAGAUCCAUUAUGACCACAGAGGUCAAGGCUAUGUUGGGUCAGAGGUCAAUGCAGACAAUCCUGAGGUGGUGGAGAUCUGGAACCUCGUCUUCAUGCAGUACAACAGACAGGAGGACCAUACCUUACGACCGUUACCGUCUGUCCAUGUGGACACUGGUAUGGGACUGGAGAGGAUGACCGCUGUCCUGUGUGGGACCAGGGACAACUACAACACUGACCUAUUCCAGCCUCUCUUUGAAGUCAUUAGAAAGACUUGCAGUUGUGUGGAGUACCAGUCUAGCGCUAGUGAUCUGGAUGUGGCAUAUAGGACAUUAGCUGAUCACGCUCGGAUGAUCACAGUUUCCAUCAGUGAUGGUCUACUGCCCAGUGGUCAAGACCUGGGCCACAAGCUGAGAGGCAUCGUCCACCGGUGUAUCAGACUGUGCCAGGGACAGUUUCACACAGAGCCCAGAGUCCUGCUGCCUCGGCUGGUGUCAAAGGUUGUGGAAACUCUGGGUGGAGCGUUCCCAGAACUGGUAAAGACAGAGGAGAAGGUUAGAGACAUUGUGCGUGCCACCAUAGAGCUACAUGAACAAGCCAGCCAGUUGGCAGCGAAGACGUUCCGGAAGUUUCUGAACAAGCUGGGGUCGCGUAGAGAGAUAAGGGGUGAGGAGCUGUUGUUGCUAGAGUCAGGUCAUUUUGGCAGUCCGAUGUCUGUGGACACAGUGAUAGACCUGGCAGGUCAAGCAGGACUGACCGUUGAUAUCAGCGGUUAUAACACACUGGUGGAGCAGAGACAACUGGCUGUGAGCUCAGAGAGAGUCCUACUCCCACCUGACCCGGCCCAGUCUCUGGUGGUGGAGUUGUCAGCCCGCCACAUUCCUGCCACGGAGGAUGAGUUUAAAUACUGUUACUCCAGCCGGGCUGGGCAGUAUGAUUUUACAGAAAUGAUGCAAGCUUCCAGUCCGUGCCGUAUCGUGGGUCUCAGCAGUCAAGGGCAGACAACAGAAGUCAUGGAGAGGGACUGUAGUGGGGAGAUAAUCCUGGACAGGACUUGUUUCUAUGCAGAGGCUGGUGGGCAGGCUUCUGACAGUGGAUUCUUGGAGUCUGAGACAGGCCAGUUCUCUGUGACAGAAGUACAGAAUAGACAAGGGCUUGUUGUUCACUACGGUCACGUCUCACAGGGAUAUCUACAGAACGGUCAGUCAGUCACUCCAAGCAUUGCGCCGCUGAAAAGAGAAGGCUGCAUGAGGAACCACACAGCCACACACCUCCUCAACACAGCCUUGACCUCUGUGUCCCCCUCCAGCCAACAACAGGGCUCGAACGUCAGUCCGUACAAGUUCUCCUUUGAUUUCCUCUCACUGGGAGCGUUUGGAUCGGAGCAAGUGAGUCAGGUGGAGGAGUCUGUGAGGGAAAUGAUCCAGAAGUCUUGUUCAGUCUCCCGUCAUGUCAUGUCACUACAGGAGGCAGCCAGCCUCCCAAAUGUCACCAUGUUGCAGAAUGAGGAAUAUCCAGAACAAGUGUCUGUCAUCCGCAUACAGUCUCCGGAUGGCAGUGAGGUCUUUUCUUCAGAAUUGUGUGGAGGAACACAUGUGACAGACACUGUUGACCUCCAGGAGUUCUGUAUCCUCCAGUCUGGCACCAAAGCCCAGAACGUGAAGCGAAUUACGGCAGUCACAGGGUCACCCGCACGCCAGGCCCACCUGACAGGCCAGGGGUUGGCGUCAUUGUGUCAGCUGUUGCAACUUUUGGUGGACAACGAUGAACAAGCUGCUGGUCAGUUGACAGAAACUUCCAUGAAGAUACAAGAGGUGCUGGUCAGUGUGAGUAAGUGGAGACAGGAACUGGAGAGUCUCUUACAGCUUGACCACUCUGACCGCUCAGGUGCCAGGGACAUGUGGACACAGACACUGGGCGAUCUGGACAAGACUGAAAAAGUGCUGAGCUCACUGUACCCACAGCUGAUCCCCGCACAGAUUACCUCCCCUGACAAACCUCUCCUCAUGAAAGAGAUUGUCUCAACCAUCAAUAAGUGUCGCCAGCUGGACCUGGUUCCCAAGACCCAGCGCGAUCGUGCGGCCGAAUGUACUCACAGUCUGACACACAAGGUCACAGAGGUCGUUAACACUCGGAACAGUAGGAUCUUACAGCGGUUGAUUGACCAGCGCUUGUCUCAGAGUGAUUCUGUCGACCAGCGGGUGGUGUGUGUGGAGCAUGAGCUGGAUCUCAGCGCACGCCAGAUGGUCAAACUCCUGUCUCAGAGGUCAGACAACAUGCCCGUCCUCUGUGUGGGUCAAGAGGUCAGUGGUGGGUCAAGGACGGUGGUCUUGUGCCUGCCUUUGUCUCUUUGGCAGCCGCUGGGUAAGGAAGAGAUUAGCAAGAUAAUUCCACAAAAGGGUUCACAGAAGUCAUCUGUUGGAAAAGCUGCCAAAACGACCAAACGUGCUGAAGUGUACACAUUCUCUGUGUCAGCCGACACGCCCACUCAUGUUCUGUGUGACACUCUACACGCAGUGCUAAAGCCAAGAUAACACAGCUGGGACUUUCCCCUUGAAGGAUUCAGCUUGGAGAUUUUGUACAUAGAAUGUCUUUUGCAAUUAUUACAGAACACAGAAUUUGCUUAAUGUCUUUCAAUUUUUUGGAGUGUUUUUUUGGGGGUCUUUUUUGUGUUUUUAUGUGUGAGUGUGUGUGAGAUGGGGGGGGGGGGGGAGUAGAAGAGAGGAUGUCCAGCGUCUGUUCUUUGGGUACCAUGUUGUUAAAGAUCAUUAUAUUCGUGUGAGACAUACAUUGACUCAGAGAAUAAAUAUGUAAGCAAAUGUUUUUAGUGUUAUUUUUUAGCAUAAUGGACUGAAGUUUCUGCUUUUUAAUUUUAUCAGACCCUGGCACUAACACAAGUGUCUGUGGCCAAAUGCCCUGAUUUACAUGGUGAUCAAAAGCUGUUAAUUUAAACAUGCAAUAAAGAAAAAACAAAGCA